UCCGUAGUUGCGUCAACGCAAUUAAUACUUCACAGAUUUUUCCGGAAGUUUAUAGGCACGUCUUCGAGAACAGAGGAGAAGAAAACAUGGAGCUCUUUGUAGUUUCACCAAAUGUGAGGUUUACUAACCUUACUGUCGCCCCGGGCUCGACUGUCAGCGAUCUCAUCGAUCAUUUUGCCGUUAAAGAGGGUGCCUCCGUCGCGGAUUUCUAUGUGAAGAGUAAUGGCCGCGUGUCUCACAGGAAUGCCUCGCUUCAGUCUGGAGUUGUGUACCGUGUGGAGCCUCGGUUAUGUGGAGGCAAAGGAGGAUUUGGCUCUAUGUUGAGGGCCCUCGGUGCACAAAUCGAAAAGACCACUAACCGUGAGGCCUGUAGAGAUCUGAGUGGAAGGAGACUGAGAGACGUCAAUCAUGAGAAAGAAAUGGCAGAGUGGCUGAAAAAGCAGGCGGAUCGAGAGGCAGAGAAGGAGCAGCGUCGUCUGGAGCGGAUUCAGAGGAAAUUGGCCGAGCCUAAACAUUAUUUCACAGACACUGAUUAUGAAAAGCAGUGCCACGACCUCUCAGAGAGACUGGAGGACUCUGUGCUGAAAGGCAUGCAGGCUUCCUCUAGUGGUCUUGUCAAGGCGGACGAGGGGCCGAGUCGCAAGCGUCCGACACCAGCUGACAGUAAAAAGAAAGCAAAGAAGAAAUGUUUCUGGACUGGCCUCGGAGGACUGGAGGAGAUAGGCAGCUCUGGUGAAGGAAGUGAUGACAGCGACAGCGAGGCUUCUCUGUCCACCUCUGGGGCUUCACGCAGUUCAGAUGUUCCCAAACCGACUGUGCCGCCUUCUGCCACCAGGGGGAGUGACAGGACAGACCCUCAGGAGCAGCCCAGCAGCUCCAGCAGCUCCUCCUCCCAGAGUCCCGCACCGAGCUCCCCAACACAGGUGGAGAAAGAGGUGCAGAAGGAGUGUACAGCUGAAAGCAGUCAAAACCGCAGCAUCAAAGAGGAUAAAUCCUCCCAGAAUCCAGCACUGAGCUCCACAACACAGGAGGGGGAGGAGUUGCAGAAGAACGCCGAAAAGGAGUGUACAGCUGAAACCAGUCAAAACGGCAGCAUCGAAGAGUAUAAAUCCUCCCAGAGUCCCGCACCGAGCUCCCCAACACAGGUGGAGGAGGAGGUGCAGAAGGAGUGUACAGCUGAAACCAGUCAAAACAGCAGCAUCGAAGAGGAUAAAUCCUCCCAGAGUCCAGCACCGAGCUCCACAACACAGGAGGAGGAGGAGGUGCAGAAGAACGCCGAAAAGGAGUGUACAGCUGAAACCAGCCAAAACGGCAGCAUCGAAGAGGAUCAAUCCUCCCAGAGUCCCGCACCGAGCUCCCCAACACAGGUGGAGGAGGAGGUGCAGAAGGAGUGUACGGCUGAAACCAGUCAAAACAGCAGCAUCGAAGAGGAUAAAUCCUCCCAGAGUCCAGCACCGAGCUCCCCAACACAGGUGGAGGAGGAGGUGCAAAAGGAGUGUACAGCUGAAACCAGCCAAAACGUGGAUAAAUCGCAGGUUGAGCCCACAGAAGCACCAAGCGGCCCAGCCGAGAGCAGUCAGGCACAGGAAGAGGUGGAGGGUCUGCUGGAUCUGCUGUCUGUGAGUGGGCCGGGGCAGCUGGAGGCUUUGGGUCUGGAGCGGCUGAAGAAAGAGCUGAUGGAACGAGGGAUGAAGUGUGGAGGAACGCUGCAGGAACGGGCUGCGCGUCUGUUCUCCGUCAAAGGACUGAGCCCAGAUCAGAUUGACCCUGCGCUCUUGGCCAAACCCACCAAGGGCAAGAAGAAAUAGCUUGCAUAUCUUAAACCACAGUGUUUUUAACCCAUUUUUGUUUGGCAUGUGUGUAGUUAUGUUUAAAGUGUUGUUUGUAAAAAUCUAACACCUAAUUUAGAAAAACCCCCAGUUUGGGACAAUAAUGAUGCUAGAUUUUUUAUUAUUUUUUUUUAUUAUAUUGACAUUACUGGUCAGAUACAGAUAACAAUUUGGAUUGAACUUUAAAGUUGAACUUUAGUCAACAAUAUAUGGCAUUUUA